AUGGAAAGCCCAGAAUCCCACAGGUCCAAGCCCUGCUCUAGCCCCACAACAACCACUUGUGAAACGCCUGCUCCUGACAACCCAAGCCGCUCCCUAUUGCUGUCCCGUCAAUCUGCAAGCUUUUCUCCUCCCAGUCUCCAGAAGAUAUCACUCAACAAUCCUAGACCUAUCGGCGCGAUUCCGCCUCAGUUGGGCAAUGCCGAGGAGCAACUUCACCUUCCAGAACCCCACACUAUUCGCCCUGAUGUGAAUAGCACCAUGCCAUCAGGUAUGGCUUAUUCCGAAACAAGAACCCUGCUGGACGAUCAGAGUCGCGCGCUAGGUGCCCUUCGUAUCGGGACCGACUCCAGUAUCUCCGACAUGGAGUCGCGACCGAAAAACGACGAUGUUUUCUUGAAUAUUGCAAGGUCGGAUACCAGUAGACGGAGAGACUCACUGGCUGGACGAUCGGAAUUUAGACGGUCGCGCCUCGGAUAUACUCAGAGUCUACGGUCUCCGACCGCCCGCUUCGACUCAGAACAACCUCCUUCUACCCCGGAUCAGCGCUUUAGCAAUGGCGAUAGCCCCUUGCUUUUACAGGAACCCCACAGCAGUCCCAAAAACCCCCAUUCUUCGGCCAUCUCGGCUCAUCCCCUCGAUGAACCCGCUCGCCAUCGCUACUCCAGCUACAACUCUGGCUCUCGCUCAACCGUCGGUGCACCUCGGAGCCGAUUCAGCCGUACAAGCCCCGACAGUUCCCCGCGUGCACCCGAAGUCAAUAUCGAACGGCGAGUCUCGCUACAUGAAGCCCGUCUACGUCAUUCUAAUCUCUCCUCUCUACGCGGUAAUCGACAGCCAUCGGAAUCGGAUACGACAGAGCGUGCCGAUGAAGAAACCGACAAAACGCGAGCUGAAGAGUCAGAGUCUACCCUUUCAACAAAUGCGCCCUCUACAGUCUGGGAUGAACUGGACGACUUGAAAUCGCGAAUUCGCAAGCUGGAAUUGACUGGGAAAUUACCCCCGUCAUCACACGCAGCAAUUACUGGUUCCAACGACAGGCCCCGUACUGCGGCAACUACAGUGACAGCUCUAUCAACAUCUCCUAAACACCGUCGUAAAAUCAGCUCUUCAUUCACCGAGACUGAAAGUGCCCCAAAAAACCAACUGCAGCCGGUCCUUCAAUCGGCGCUAGCAAAAGCAAAAUCAGUACUGAGUCAUGGCGUAUACAAGGCGCUGGAGGCGACAGUCACAGACGCACUGACGGUGUCUAAUUUAUUGGGCGUUAGUGGAGCUCCCUCAGGCGCAGCCUCUAUUGUGGAUGGAUACAGUUCAUCCGAGCGUCGGGCACGUCGCAAGGCCGACAGUUUGUGCCGCAGCCUGACUGAGUUUUGCUUGGCCCUGACGGAUGAUGAGCUACGGAAAAAUCAGGCGCAGACCACGCAGCCGAAUGUUAGUGAUAGUCCAUCAAUGCCGACAGCCCAGCGAGGUGCUAGUCUCGAACCCGAAGUCCAAAUGCGCCAAAGCACUAGCCGCAUCACAAAUCGCUAUCAAGACCGUCGGCAAUCGAUGAUCAACAUUAGCUCGGGAUCAGGCAAUACAGUUGAAUCCCCACAAGACCAGUCACCCAGCAUAUCUCUGCCACCAACUCGUCUCAAUCGCUAUUCAACAUCUCUGCAAGCCCGCAGGUUAGCCGACGAAGAGUCUCCGAAUAACCGCCCACUUUCGAGAUCAGCGACGAUGUCAGAGAUUGACUCUCCGAACCCUGGGCAGGUUGUGUCACCAGCACAGCGGUUAUCUUACGGCUAUAGCCGCUUGGCAUCUCGUUCUAUCUCAAACAACCAGCAAGAACAUGGCCCAGCAUCUCGCCGACAAGAACUUGGUCUAAGAAUCUCCCCCCAGUCCGCACAAUACCAACCAUCACCAUCUCAAGCACCGACAUCACAGCCUCCUCAGACCCCGACCACCCCUUCCCACACAGGCAUUCCACUUCGUCGCAGUAGCUACAUGACUCCUGGUACUUACACCCCAAUGACAUCCCGCUCCAACAUUCAAGCGGGAUCUCGCCGAUAUGGGUUCUCAUCCAGUCUCGCCAGUGGCACACCACGCUCUGGAGCCGAAGAAAGCCCUCGGACACCCCAGUUACAGCAAUCACAGACUAGAUUGAGCAUGCCAUCUGGCAAAUCUGUAUCCAGCUACACUCCCAUCUCACAACCACGACCUCGUGCAAAUAGUCUUGGAGCGCGAAAAUUUGGUCUUCGAUACCGCUCCACAGCUCCACCCAGCGAGAGUGUCGUCAACAUGGAAGACAGCAUUGACUAG